CAGUGGACCACAAGUGAUCAAGUUUCUCCAGCCACUCUCUCCAGAAGCCACCAUCAUCCAUCAUCCACGUCCGACGUCCAGCGACAUCAUUUGUCGCAUCCAUCACUCCCACCCAAUUCCUCCUUACUCCCAGGCUACGCUCUGCCGUUUCCUGCAUUCUACACGAUCCAUAUCAAGAUCUCAGUCGACAUUCCUUCCGUCUCUUCGCCGUCACCAUCACGACUGAUUUGGCCGCCAUCUCGCACAACUUUCACUAUCUAUCCCCCUCCGAGAGACACCCGUUUGUCCAACCACCCGCCCCAUCUCUAAAACGAGUCGACUUACACUGCUCUCCGGCUUCCGCAACGAUCAUACGGCCUAGCAAUGGCAGGCACGCGGAAUUAUGAUUUCCUGAUAAAACUUCUCCUGAUCGGCGACUCGGGCGUCGGAAAGUCAUGCUGCCUGCUACGAUUCAGCGAAGACAGCUUCACCCCCAGUUUCAUCACAACCAUCGGCAUAGAUUUCAAGAUCCGAACAAUCGAUCUAGACGGCAAGCGAGUGAAACUCCAAAUAUGGGAUACCGCAGGACAAGAAAGAUUUCGGACAAUCACCACCGCUUACUACCGAGGUGCAAUGGGUAUCUUGCUGGUAUACGAUGUGACGGAUGAGAAGAGCUUCAACAAUAUAAGGACGUGGUUCUCCAAUGUCGAACAACAUGCAAGCGAAGGUGUCAACAAGAUUCUGAUUGGCAACAAAUGCGACUGGGAAGAGAAGCGGGCUGUUUCCACAGAACAAGGACAAGCACUCGCGGACGAGCUCGGCAUUCCCUUCCUCGAAGUCUCGGCCAAGUCGAAUAUCAACAUUGAGAAGGCAUUCUACUCAUUAGCAUCGGACAUCAAGAAGCGACUGAUCGACAGCUCGAAAGAAACUGGUGCUGGAGCCGGAGGUCAGACGGGCGGAGGUGGCGUUAAUGUCGCACAAAACCAGGCUGGCGGCAUGGGUGGGAAGUGUUGCUAAGACCAAAGUGGACGAUCACGAAAGGCUGCUUUAUAUUGGAGGCGGGGCCAAUCCACUCUGAUAGAUGAAGACGGGAGAGAGGCCAGGGACGUUGCCCUUCCAGUCGGUGGAGACCACGCACCCUGGGUUAGAACGUCUACAACUGCGGAUGUGUUGAGGUGGGAGGACCAUCUUUGGGCUCCUAGAGCAUGCAGGAUGCAGCAAACGAAGCGUAAUACUAAAUGAUGCGAAGACCGACUUUCAGGCUUUGAUGACUUUCACUUGCAGGAGGGGACUUCAAGGCGCAGAUAUGGCGGGCUUUGGCAGUAGGCAGGCGUUGUUAAGGACAUACAUUGACAGAAAAGACAGUAUUGGGCGACCGAGAACUUUUCCACCUUUUUGUCGAUAUCGUUUCG